AUGCGUUCAGCCAAGCCAGCUUGCAGCUUCUCCUUCUCCCUGCCUGAAGAAAGUCUGGUUAAUCGUAAGGGCUACAGUGACAGUGAGAGCAUAGGAGGCAGUCUGGAGUCUCUGUCCAGCCCAGCCCAUGGCAACAGGAGGCUUCUUAAAGCCUCCUCCACAGGGACCAUGUCAUCAGACGACCUGGACGAGAGGGACAUGGGCACCGUCCUGGAAGGAGAUUGUGCGGACUCCACUCCAGAAGGGAACGGUACGGUGGGGAAGGUACGGACUACGUCCCGAGCCGCGCUGACGCACCGAUUCCGGAAGAUGAAGAGCAAGAUGGUGAAGUGCAAACAGUGUGACACCUACAUCGUGGUCAACGGCGUCGAGUGUGAGGAGUGUGGCGUGGCGGUCCACAGGAAGUGUCUGGAGGUGUUACAGCAUGAGUGUGAGAACAGGAAGGGCGUUCUGUUUGGCGUGGGUUUCUCCCUGUUGCCCCGGGACCGGCCUGACGAGGUGCCCUAUGUGGUCCAGCGCUGCACGGCCGAGAUAGAGAGCAGGGCCCUCAAUCUACAGGGGGUGUAUCGUAUCAGUGGGUCGAAGCCUCGUAUCCAGAAGCUGUGUCAGGUCUUCGAGACCCAGGGGGACCAAGUCGACCUCUCUGACCUUUCACCUCAUGACGUCACCUCGGUCCUCAAACACUUCUUCAARGAGCUUCCAGAGCCGCUGUUGACCUUUGACCUGUACAAUGACUUCAUCGGRGUGGGCAAGGAGAUCCAGCGUCUCAGUGAGAGGGAGGCGGCAGCAGAGACUCCUGGGAUAGUGAAUGACCUCACAUAUAACCUGAGAGACCUGCUGGAGAGACUGCCCCCAUACCGCUACUACACACUGCAGCAUAUGAUGCGUCACCUUCACAGUAAAAAAAAAAAAAAAAAAAUCCCUGUUAUACGUAUAGGCUACUCAACAUCCACAAUUUACCUGGCAAUCUCUCUAACCCACUGGGGUUCACUUUCUAGACCUAGAAAUAUAGUAUUUAUCUCGCUACAGCGUUCCAUUCCCAACACUUCCUACCCCAAAAAUCUGGUAUCUAUUAUCCAAAACUCAGAGUUUGUGUCAUUUCAACAGACUCGUACAAUCAAGAGAGACUCGAGCGAGGGUUAUAUAUCUGACAAGUCGUCGUCCAAUGAGGCAGUGGACCAGCUCAGCCCUGAAGCCAGUGAGAGAGCAGUCGUGGCUGUGAGGGGGGCAUCAACAGAGGCUGCUGCUCUGGGUGAUCUGGUAGGGGGUCCAGAGCCAGACGACUCUCCCUCCGUGGGGACCCAGCCACGGAGCCACUUCAGCAGGCAGCCUGUCAAGUACCAGCGCCAGCCCACCCCGGGUCUCCGCCGCUCCGCGGGCGCUACCAGUGCCGGGCAGCUCGGGGAAGAGGAUGAGGAUGAAGAGGAGGAUGAAGAGGAGGAGAGGAAGAGAAACCAACCGAGGAGCGCAGACAGCAGCCGUAGCCCCUCCCCUGAACCUGAACCUGAACCUGUUAGCCAGAGAAUGAGAAUCCUUCGAUUGGAGCUCCCCCCCGAGACAACCGCCUACCACCUGCUCAGCCAGGCUGGAGGCCACGCCCCAGAGAGCCAGACGGAAAGAGAGAAGACACCCCCAUAUGAGGUUCCACAGGGCAGGCUGCGGGCGGGGACAGUGGUAGUAGAACCAUCAAUAGCUGCAACAACAGCAGGAGCCAAUCCGRCGCCGAGCACCGGUGCUCAGGAGGCGGGGCUUAGGAGUCGGUCUGCCACAUUGUCUCAGCUGAACGUGAACCAGUCCAAUAACAGGCAGGGGUGGGUGGGUGAGAGGCGGAGACUGAGCGGAGAGGAGGGUCUUAGUGGCCCGGCCCGGAAGAUUCUGUCAGGGCUGAAGCUCAGACGUAGCCACUCAGGACUGCAGCAACACUUUGUCUGAGGAGGAGGAAGGUUGGAACUGUGAACCAUAGAAUUAGAAUCACAUUCGAGAACGGACAUUCCCCAUUCAAGUCAAAGUUCCGUGGACUGGCAGGAUUCUAUUUCUAUGGUUAAACCCAUAGAAGGGAUGAAUUGUAUUGUGUAACGUCAAGUGKUUUUUUUACAGUGAAAAAUGACAUACACUCAUGAUUACUCAAGAAUACUCAUGAUUACAGAACAUACUAACACACAGUACCAGUCAAAAGUUUGGACACACCUACUCAUUC